GAAAAGACAAAGUGUGAAGAUUAAUAAAAAAAGCACGAUUUACAUUGUGAGUUAGGAGUGACUGUGUGUAAAUGGAAAUGUAAAAAUCAGAGCGACACCGUAAUAAAUGAAAAUUAGUUUUUAAAAAAUAAUCCAAUGUGUGGGGCUUUAGCGCGCUCCCGCACCGAAACCGCCUGCAGUUGUUGGCAGACAAAACUCACCACAACACCUGUGUUGGCGCUGUUAUGGGGAAAGUCAGAUCGUGACAGGCUAACAGCAUCGGACUGUAAACAUGGCGGCGUGCACAGCUACAGGGCUGUGCCGAGCACCCCGUUACUAUUAGGCUGAGAGACGGAGACACCCCGAAAAUGGAGACCGAAGAGGAGCAGCACAUAACGACGCUACUCUGCAUGGGGUUCCCAGACCCAGACGUGAUUCGGAAAGCGCUCCGUCUGGCAAAGAAUGACAUCAACGAGGCAGUGGCGCUGCUGACCAACGAAAGCCCCGGACUCGGGUAUGGAUACGAGCCGAUGGAGAGUGGGCCUGCCCCGGGCUCGAGCUCCACUGGGGACGGUGAAAACAGCGGGCGUACUGGGACGGGAGGGUUUGACCCCCCGCCCGCAUACCACGACGUGGUGGAGAGCGAGAGGAGCAAUGAUGAGAAUGGGAACUGCUCUGGGGGAAGUAUGGAGUUCCCCACCACCAACCUGUAUGAGCUGGAGAGUCGAGUCUUUACCGACCACUGGUCGAUACCUUACAAGAGAGAGGAGUCCCUGGGCAAGUGCCUCAUCGCUUCCACCUGCCUCGCCAGGCACAGUCUUGCUGAUGCUGAUGAGAACUGCAAGCGCUUUAUGGAACGUUGCAUGCCGGAGGCCUUUAAAAAGUUGCUGACCAGCAGUGCUGUACACAAAUGGGGCACAGAGAUCCAUGAGGGGAUCUACAAUAUGCUAAUGUUGCUGGUGGAGUUGGUUGCAGAGAGAGUCAAGCAAGACCCUGUACCUGUAAACCUAAUGGGAGUGCUGACUAUGGCCUUCAACCCUGAUAAUGAGUACCAUUUCAAAAAUCGGAUGAAGGCCUCCCAGAGGAACUGGGCUGAAGUUUUUGGAGAAGAGGCCAACAUGUUUGCGGUUUCUCCCAGCAACACUUAUCAGAAAGAGCCUCAUGGUUGGCUAGUCGAUUUGGUGAAUCGAUUUGGAGAGUUGGGAGGAUUCACUUCCAUCCAGACUAAGCUCAACGCAGAGGAAAUCGAAAUUGCUUGUGUGUCAGCUCUGGUGCAGCCUCUUGGAGUUUGUGCAGAAUAUCUAAAUUCCAGCCUUGUCCAGCCCAUGCUUGAUCCAGUCAUCCACAAAAUGAUCACAUAUGUACAGAAUCUGGAGGAAAAGGAUCUUAAAGACAAGCGUCUGGUCAGCAUCCCCGACCUGCUUUCGGCAAUCAAGUUGCUGUGUAUGAGGUUUCAGAGGGAACUGGUUGCUGUGGUGGAUGACCUUCGCCUAGACACACUGCUGCGUAUGCUCAAAACCCCCCAUUUUUCCACCAAGAUGAACUCCCUCAAAGAGGUCACAAAGUUAAUAGAAGAGAGCACUGUGUCUAAGACGGUGAAAAAUGCUAUUGACACAGAUAAACUGCUUGACUGGCUUGUAGAGAAUUCAGUCCUGUCAAUAGCACUUGAGGGUAACAUUGAUCAAGCUCAAUACUGUGAAAGGAUAAAGGGAAUAAUUGAGCUCCUGGGGAGUAAACUUUCACUUGAUGAACUCUCAAAGAUCUGGAGAAUCCAGGCAGGCCAGUCCUCAACUGUGAUAGAAAACAUUCAUACAAUCAUUGCUGCUGCUGCUGUGAAGUUCAGCUUUGACCAACUCACCCACCUCUUUGUGCUCAUACAGAAGAGCUGGGAGAUUGAGAGCGACCGUGUGAGGCAGAAGCUGCUCAGUCUGAUCGGGAGGAUUGGCAGAGAAGCUCGCUCUGAAGCUACAACUGGAAAGGUGCUGGAGGUGCUCUGGGAGUUGGCUCAUCUCCCCACUCUCCCUACCAGUCUUGUCCAGCAGGCGCUGGAUGAGCACCUGGGGAUCUUGAGUGAUGCCUAUGCUGUCAAAGAGACGGUGAAACGCAGUUACAUCAUUAAAUGUAUAGAAGACAUUAAGAAGACUCACACUCAGGAGGACAUUAAAGGCAGCGACACUCAAAGCUCAUUUCUUACUGGCUCUUGGGGCAAGAAGAAAGCUAACUCUUUGACCAAAGUUUGUGUGCGUUUGUUGCAACAGGCCUCUCAGCAGAGCAGUCCUCAGGCAGUCUGGGUCGUUCCUGCUCUCCGUCAGCUGCACGAGAUCACUCGUUCUUUCAUCAAGCAGACCUAUCAAAAGCAAGACAAGAGCAUCAUUCAGGACCUGAAGAAGAACUUUGAGAUUGUCAAACUAAUCACAGGGUCCCUUGUGUGCUGCCAUCGGCUUGGUGUGACUGCUGCAGGAAAUAAUGGUCUCUCAAGUUCGACCCUGGUAGAUGGACGAUACACCUACCAAGAGUAUCUGGACAGCCACCUACGCUUCCUGGCCUUCUUCCUCCAGGAGGCCAGCCUCUAUCUGGUCUGGAACCGAGCUAAAGAGCUAUGGGAGUGUCUGGUGUCAGGGCCAGAUGUUUGUGAACUUGACCGUGAGAUGUGUUUUGAGUGGUUCACCAAAGGACAGCAUGACCUUGAGAGUGAUGUUCAGCAGCAGCUCUUCAAGGAGAAGAUAUUAAAACUGGAGCCCUAUGAGAUCACCAUGAAUGGUUUUAAUCUUUUUAAGACCUUCUUUGAGAACGUUAAUCUGUGUGAUCAUCGCCUUAAACGCCAAGGAACUCAGCUGUGUGUGGAGCGCCUUGACCUGGCAGGGAUGGAUUUUAUCUGGCGCAUCGCCAUGGAAACCCCUGAUGAAGAAAUAGCCAAUGAAGCAAUCCAGCUCAUUAUCACAUACAGCUACACCAACCUCAAUCCCAAGAUGAAGAAGGAUUCUGUAUCUUUGCACAAGAAGUUCAUUGCCGAUUGUUACAAGAGACUCGAGGCUGCUAGCUCAGCCCUGGGUGGGCCGACUCUGACGCAUGCUGUUACUAGGGCAACCAAGAUGUUGACAGCCACUGCCAUGCCGACUGUGGCCACGUCUGUACAAUCACCAUCAAGGUACAGAGGGGGGUUUGGAUCCACUAAGCUGGUUAUAAUCGAAAGACUGCUGCUGUUGGCUGAGCGUUAUGUUAUUACUAUAGAGGAUAUGUACUCAGUUCCUCGUACUAUUCUACCUCAUGGGGCUUCGUUCAAUGGACACCCUGUAACUCUUCACAUCACCUAUGAGUCAACCAAAGACACUUUCAGCGUUGAGACCCACAGUAAUGAGACAAUAGGAAGUAUCCGAUGGAAGAUAUCUGAGCACUUGAGCUGUCCGGUGGAUAAUGUCCAGAUCUUUGCCAAUGACAGUGUGUUGACCAUGAAUCGCGACCAGAAGCUGCUGUCACAGCUUGGCUUCAGCGAUGAGCAGACCUUGACUGUGAAGAGCUCAGGCACUGGCACCCCUUCUGGCAGCUCUGAGUCCUCAGCCUCUGCUUCAAGCAGCUCCAGCUCUGCUGUCUUCAACUCAGCCUAUGCCUUGGAGCAGGAGAAGUCCUUACCUGGUGUGGUGAUGGCUUUGGUGUGCAAUGUGUUUGAGAUGCUUUACCAGCUGGCUAACCUUGAUGAAACCAGGAUCACCCUACGUGUGAGGAAGCUGCUGCUGCUUAUCCCAACAGACCCAGAAGUGCAGGAUGCUCUCGACAACUUUGUUCCCAAAGAAUCCAGCGUCUGGAGUCACCAGAAGACACUCUUCACCCUCGGGCAGGGAGCAGGCUCUCGGUCUCCAUCUAUGGCAACCAAGCAGCAGCACCAGCCCAGUGCUGCAUCCAUUCUAGAGUCCCUGUUCAGAUCCUCAGCACCUGGCAUGUCCACCUUCAGAGUGCUAUACAACCUGGAGGUUUUGAGCUCAAAGCUUAUGCCCACAUCGGAUGAUGAGAUGGCCAAAACCAGCAGCAAGUCCUUCUGUGAGAACUUCCUCAAAGCAGGAGGACUCAGUCUGGUGGUGAAUGUGAUGCAGAGAGAUUCAAUACCAUCGGAGGUGGACUAUGAGACCAGACAAGGGGUUUAUUCAAUUUGUCUUCAGUUGGCCAGGUUUCUUCUGGUCGGUCAGAGCAUGCCUGCAGCACUGGAUGAUGAUGUCAUCAGAGAUGGCGAGGCACUGUCAUCUCGUCCAUUUCGUAAUGCGAGUAGGAGUGGGCGACAGCUGUCUCUAUGUGGAACUCCAGAGAAGUCCACUUACAGACAGAUGUCUCUGUCUGAGCGCUCGUCCAUUAGAGUGGAGGAGAUCAUACCUGCUGCCCGUGUAGCUAUUCAGACCAUGGAAGUGGACGACUUCACCUCCACCGUGGCCUGUUUUAUGCGUCUGACAUGGGCAGCUGCUGCAGGCCGACUGGAUCUGGUUGGCAGCCCACAGCCAAUUAGAGAGACCCAUAGUUCACUUGUGUCCCAGGGAGUCCGCACCAGGGUCAGCAGUACAGGAAGUAACUGCAGCUCCAGCAGUGAGGGAGAGACUAUACCAACAGCAUUGCAUGCGGGAAUAUGUGUCAGACAGCAGAGUGUCUCCAUCAAAGAUGCCAUCAUCGCUCGUGAGGCACUGUCACUGCUGGUUACCUGUCUGCAGCUACGUUGUCAGCAACUAUGUUCUUUUUACAACCUGCCCUCUGUCAAUGAUUUCAUUAUCGAUAUUCUGCUGGGAUCUCCCAGCGAAGAGAUCCGUCGCGUAGCGUGUGAUCAGUUGUACACUCUCAGCCAGUCUGACACUUCAGCCUUCAAUGAACUCCAGAAACCCAACCUGUUCUUGCUCUCAGUCAUUCUCACAGCUCAGCUGCCACUAUGGAGUCCCACAUCUGUCAUGAGAGGAGUCAACCAGAGGUUGCUGUCCCAGUGUACUGAGUACUUUGACCUAAGAUGUCAGCUUCUGGAUGACCUAACCACAUCAGAAAUGGAAGUGUUAAAAGUGAGCGCAGCGGCCAUGCUGGAGGAUGAGAUCUCCUGGCUCGAUAACUUUGAGCCCAGCUGGAGCUCUGAAAUGGAGACCAGCGAAGCGGACAACAUUCUCCUGGCUGGACACCUCAGACUCAUCAAGACCUUGCUCUCCCUCUGUGGCAAUGAGAAGGAGCAUCUUGGGGCACAUGUGUCUUUUCCAGGCCCAUCUCUCAUCCAGCAGUUGUUGGACGACUUCUUGUUUCGAGCCUCUCGCAUCAUCAUCAACAGCUCCAACCCCACACCUUCCCCAGCUCCCAGCCAUGACUUCCAUCCCAAGUGCAGCACAGCCAGCAGCAGACUGGCUGCCUAUGAGGUGCUUGUGAUGCUGGCAGACAGCUCUCUAUCAAACCUCCGCCUCAUUACCAAAGAGUUACUUUCCAUGCAUCACCAACCUGAUUCUUCCCUCUGUAAAGAGUUUGAUUAUCUACCCCCAGUAGAAAGCCGGUCAGUCUCAGGUUUUGUUGGACUGAAGAACGGUGGAGCCACAUGUUACAUGAACGCUGUCUUCCAGCAGCUCUACAUGCAGCCAGGCCUGGCAGAGGCUUUCUUGUCCAUUGAGGAUGACACAGACCAGCCAGAGGAAAGUGUCUUCUACCAGGUGCAGUCUUUGUUUGGACACCUGAUGGAGAGCAAAUUGCAAUACUACGUACCUGAGAACUUCUGGAAGAUCUUCAAGAUGUGGAACAAGGAGCUAUAUGUAAGAGAACAGCAAGAUGCAUACGAGUUCUUCACUAGCCUAGUGGACCAGCUUGACGAACAUCUCAAGAAAAUGGGUCGAGAACAGAUCUUCAAAAACACCUUUCAGGGAAUCUUCUCAGACCAGAAGAUUUGUAAAGACUGUCCUCACAGGUAUGAGCGCGAGGAAACAUUCAUGGCUUUGAACCUUGGAGUGACUGCUUGUCAAAGUUUAGAGAUCUCUUUAGACCAGUUUGUCAGAGGAGAAGUGCUGGAAGGCAGCAAUGCCUACUACUGUGAGAGAUGCAAGGAGAAGAGAACCACUGUGAAGCGGACAUGCAUCAAAUCCCUUCCCAGUGUUCUCUGUAUUCACCUCAUGCGCUUUGGCUUUGACUGGGAAAGUGGACGCUCCAUCAAAUACGAUGAACAGAUUAGGUUCCCAUGGGUGUUAAACAUGGAGCCCUACACCGUCUCUGGGAUGGCUCGUCAAGACUGCAGCGGAGAGGGCGGUGAGGGGCGUGGCGACGGGACGUCGGGAGGGUCCCCCAGGAAGAAAGUGACAAUUUCUGAGAACUACGAGCUUGUGGGAGUUGUUGUCCACAGUGGUCAAGCACAUGCAGGCCAUUACUACUCCUUCAUUAAAGAUAGGCGUGGUAGCGCCCGGGGGCGUUGGUACAAGUUCAACGACAAUGUGGUGGAGGAGUUUGAUAUGAAUGAUGAAACUCUGGAGUAUGAGUGCUUUGGAGGAGAGUAUCGCCCCAAAGUCUAUGACCAGUCCAACCCAUAUCCUGAUGUGCGAAGGAGAUACUGGAAUGCCUACAUGUUGUUUUAUCAGAAGAUCAGUGACCAGAACUCACCUGUUUUGCCCAAAAAGAGCAGAGUCAGCAUCAUGAGGCAGGAAGCUGAGGACCUUACACUUUUUGUUUUUCCUAGCUCUGCCCCGUCCUCCCCCGAUGUGUCCCCACAGUCCUCUCCUCGCCCCCCAAGGGCCAACAACGACCGUCUCACCCUCCUCACCCGUCUGGUCCGCAAAGGAGAGAAGAAAGGCCUGUUUGUAGAGAAGAUGCCCGCUAGCAUCUAUCAGAUUGUGCGAGAUGAAAAUCUGAAGUUCAUGAGGAACAGAGAUGUCUACAACAGCGACUACUUCAACUUCACGCUGUCUCUCGCAUCUGUCAAUGCAACAAAACUGAAGCAUCCAGACUACCAGCCUAUGGCCAAAGAGAGCCUCCAGCUGGCUGUCAACUUUCUCUUCCACACCUACCUCCAUACCAAAAAGAAACUCCGGGUGGACACAGAGGAAUGGAUGGCCACAGUGGAGGUGUUGCUGUCUAAGAGCAGCGAGGCGUGUCAGUGGAUGGUCCAGUACCUGGUUGGACCAGAGGGACGAGAGAUCACCAAGGUUUGUCUGUUAGAGUCCAGCGUGAGGGAGGUGAGGGUGGUGGUCGCAUCUAUCCUGGAAAAGACCAUGGAGAGCGCUCUUCACUUUGGAGACCCAGGAAUAGACAAUAUGACCGACGCCCUGCUCUCUUUAUUGGACAAAGAUGUUCCUGAGAAUGUGAAAAACUGUGCGCAGUAUUUCGGCCUCUUCAGUAACUUUGCACAGAGGGGUUGUGGUCCAUGUCAGUUGUUGUUGAAACACUCAGCUUAUCGCCGGAUGCUUAUCUUCCUGUUGGGACCCAACAGGCAGAAUAACCAGAAUCGGCGGUGGAGUCCAGCACAGGCUCGGGAAUUCCUUCACCUCCACAGCACUCUGGCGCUCAUCACUCUGCACAGUGACCUCGACCCACAACGGACACAAGCGCCAGGUGGGUUUAAACUGCGGGUGAGUCACGUUCCAUCCACCACCCCGCUCCUCCCCCUCCAUACGGAUGUCCUGACCUCACUCUUCACUCCAGAGGGACAGCCUUACCUUUUAGAGGUAAUGUUUGCCAUGCGUGAGUUGUCGGGCCCGAUGUCUCUCCUGAUAGAGAUGGUGACGUACUGCUCGUACUGUAAUGAGCCCUUCUCCCUGGGUGUGCUACAGUUACUCAAGACCCAGCUGGAGUCGGCUCCACCUCAUGAACUGAAGAAUGUUUUUCAGAUGCUGCAGGAGCUACUAGUAGUGGAGGACCCGCUGCAAUCACAGAGACUCAAGUAUGCUUUCGAGUCCGAGAAAGGCCUGUUAGCCUUAAUGCACCAGAGCAACAAUGUGGACAGCAGACGCUGCUAUCAGUGUGUGAAGUUCCUGGUUACUUUAGCCCAGAAGUGUGCUCCAGCCAAGGAUUACUUCAAGGACUUGUCUGCUCACUGGAGCUGGGCGGUGCAGUGGCUACAGAAAAAGAUGACAGAACAUUACUGGACUCCACAGAGCAACGUCUCCAAUGAGACAUCUACCAACAAAACCUUCCAGCGCACCAUUUCUGCACAGGAUACCUUGGCCUAUGCCACAGCGCUGUUAAAUGAGAAGGAGCAGUCUGGCAGCAGUAACGGCUCUGAUGGCAGUCCAGCAAAUGAAAGUGCCGACCGCAGCCUCCGACAGGGGUCAGAAUCUCCCAUGAUGCUCGGCGAUUCAAAGAGCGAUCUAGAAGAUGUCGACCCAUAGCUCCUCUAACCAGCAGGAUCCGUCCAAAAGGAGAGGCGGCACAGCUCCGGGCAACCAGUGGAAAGGGCUGCACUUCGCCUCUGAUUGGUUCGGGACAUUUAGGACUCCACAACAUGCCAAUCAGAACACUUAUUCUCUCGGGGUCGCCACGGCAACGAAGGAGCUAUGAAUAAAUCAUGAAUUACUUCCUUUCAGAACAGCCAAGGCGGUGAUGGAGAUGCAUUAUCAUUAAGAGCAGCAGAGUUGAGGACAGUGGGAAGUGCAAAAAAACAAAAAAAAACAAAAAAAAAAAACCCUCCACAAUCACGGAUGACUUCAGUUUAUCCUUUUAUUCAUUCAUUCACUCAGAAUGACAGAAAAGGUGUUGGAUGGGUUUGGGUUGUGUUUUAACAAUUUUGUGCUCAUGUUUGCCAACGUAUCUACUUAAACAUAUUCAUAUUGUAAAGAUUUGUUCCAUAGGUGUAAUUUCCAGUGUAAGAUGAUAUUUUAAAGUCUCCUGCGCUCUUCUCCUCAGCCAUGCAAAAUGUCAGAGGUCACGUUAGUCGCUCUAGAGGAACUAGCAGACACAUAUACUCACACACACGUGCACUUGUACAGGACCGCCUCCACACAGGAACACUCGGGAGGGGGCGGGGUUCAGCAUGCACUUUACAGUCAGGCCCAGUCUGUUGCGACCCACAGCAGUUCCUCUAGAGCCUCCAGGCGCUCACAUCCUCUCGUUCCUCAGCUUCUGUUUUCAGUGCCACUCACACAGAAGACACAUGGAAACCUGUGACUCAACCUUUGACCUGUGGAGACGCCGUACAGAGAGGGACGUUUCUGUCCUGGAAACGGGACAGAUCCAGGCCCUCUGCAAAUCUGAUGCUGCAGAAGCAGUGCCAUGGUCAGCAGUCUCCUUCUCCUUGUUCUUCUUCUCCUUGUUCUUCUUCUCCUCUUCCUACUUCCUCUCGCUGACAGAAGUUCUUCUCCUGCUGGAUUUUUAUUCCUCUCAUUGCUGUGUUUUAUAUUUCCUUUACCACUUUUCUUUGACUGUGGAUGGAUUGAAUACUGGAGAGGAUGUUUGGAACUCAAGCCUUAUGCAAGAAGAGCUGACCUGGAGGUGCACAGAUCAGCCACGGUGGGCCGUCAGUGCCAACUGAGUGUUUUAAUUUUAGGUGCCAAGGUUUUACACAAAGAGAAACACACAGAUGUUUUUCUUGUUGAAAAACGUGUCACUUCACUCACAUUCACGAAGAACAGGUCCUCCGCGCCUCACUGUUACCUCUGCUUUAUCAGGUUUUUUAAUUUUUUUUCAUUGAAGUUUUUGCUCUGCCUUUGUUUUCAUGUACAUUUAUAUAAACGCACACAGAGGAGCCAAAUCCAAAUGUAGCUCUAGAUUCACUCAAGAACAUCACCUGUGUGUCCACCGCCUCAACCAUCGGGAGACUUGAAGUGCCUUAACCUCCCGAUUUUCUCUCUCUCUCACUUUCUUUCUCUCUCUCUCUCUCCACAUCUCUCUCACCUGUGACACCGCACCAUCACCUCUGUGACGAGGCGCAUUCAUGUCUUCUUCACCUGUCCUCACCGUGACACCAAAUAGUCUCAAUAUAAACGUGAAGCAGGGCUUUUUAAUCCCCCAUUUAGACUCUAAAUCAAACCUGGAACGAUUUCCUCUGUGUGUUGUGUUCAAGGACUGUUGGAAUGUAACUGUUAGCUGGUGAUUCUGUGUGUUUUUUUUUGGGGGGGGGGCGGCAGGACGAGGCCGAGGCUGCUUGGCUUCAUCCUAAUAAGAAAUAAAUAAUGGGCUUAGGUGACAGGACAGAGUUUUGGUGAAAGUUAAAUGCUGCUCGUCUUUAGUCUGCGCUCAAGCAGAGACACUUUGUAGAUACUUAUUCAUGCUCGGUAGUAGUUUUAAGGAAAGCCACACACAUUCACUUCUGAAGACAUGAGCCUAAACUGGUUUAUCAGAUUAGGUCUCAGCUUUAACAGGUCAUGUUUACAGUGUGAGGACCUUUUGAAGCAAUCAUGCAAAAUGGAUUUCUGUGAGGAGUCAUUUGAUCAAUCCACUAAGGCUCCUUCCAUCUCUCUCUCUAUCUCACUUGAUGUGAAUGUCACGCCAUGCUCUCCGGCACGUUUGCAUGUGUGGCAGUAGGCACCGGUGAAGUUUGUCUUUUUUGUGCGACAGAGAAAGGAGAAAACAAAACAAAAAAAAGAACCAUCCUCGUGUUGUUUUGCUGUGUCAUUCUUAGCAUUUGUUGUCACAAUCAUGCGCCCCCUGGUCAUGUGCUGUCUGAUGGAGCUGCACGCUCUCUGUGCCAAGUCAUACAUGAGUCGCAUUCAGCUGAAAAGUCUCUGCCCCAUCACCACAAGUAUGUUUAAAAAAAAUAAAAUAAAAAGAGGGGUGGGAAAAAAAGUAAACGUACAGAAUAAAAAUGAAAUUUUAUUUUAAUCAUGGGAUGCUGGGCGGGAUGUUCAAGUGCGUGGGUAGGGGACUGGCUUACGUACGGGUUUUUACUGUCAUUCGACUUUGAAACGUUCACUUCUGCCAUCACAGGAUUCUGUCAUGCAUGUUAAAACGCAGUUUUAAUUUGUACAUCAGAGUUUGAUUAAGGGGAAAUUUGAUAUAAAAUAAACUGGAAUGCACAA